UUGACGAUACGAGAUAUAAUUCGGCUCUCGCAAUAAUGGCUGCCAAAGUCGUUUACGAGAACCCCGCUCAUAUCGAAUAUGUGGUCUCGAAAAUCUGGAAGAUGGAAUUCAUGGGAUUUUACGAUUUCUGGAACGCUUUCCAAAGGAAACCAACAACACAAGCAAUGUUGUUUCGACAAAAUAAGGACACGGACUCGGAACUGAUAUGUGUGGCCUUCAGAGGUACAGAACCCUUUGCUGCUGAUGAUUGGAUUACAGACAUGGAUCUCUCCUAUUAUGAGCUUCCCAAUGUGGGGAGGGCGCAUUGUGGAUUCAUGGAAGCUCUUGGUCUACAGAGGGGCAGUGGUUGGCCCAAGAACAUACCCCAAUCGAAUAGGCAAUACGCUUACUAUACCAUCCGGGAAAUUCUGAAAGAUGCUUUGAAAAACAAUCCCAAUGCUAAAUUUAUAGUGACAGGUCACAGCUUGGGUGGUGCACUAGCAAUUCUGUUUCCAUCCAUUUUGGCGUAUCACGAAGAAAAGGAUCUGUCGGAGCGGUUAGACGGGGUCUACACUUUUGGUCAACCGAGAGUUGGAGAUUCCAGAUUUGGAGCAUUCGUGGAAAACAACAUGGAGAGCAGCAGGCGCAAGUACUUUAGGAUCGUUUAUUGCAACGAUCUUGUGCCUAGAGUCCCUUGGGACAAUUCAUGGAGCGAUUUUCAGCACUUUGGAAAGUGUAUCUACUUCAACAGCCUUUACAGGGGCGAUAUUGUUGAUGAAGUACCAAACAAGAACUACUUUUCAGUCUUCAUGUUCAUCCCCAAAAAAAUGAUCUGUGUUUGGGAGCUGAUGAGAGGAUUUGGGAUGGGAAUGUUCAUCGGACGUGAAUACAAGGAAUUGAAGGUUAUGCGAGCGGUUCGACUUAUGGGCAUCUUCUCCAUAGCUGGCCUGCCAGCACAUGCUCCUCUAGAUUAUGUCAAUUCCACAAGGUUUGCAUCUCCAGAUUUGUACGCUCCCAAACCAUGGCUUCGCCAAUAAACGAUUUUCAUGCAA